AACGCCUUUUAUCUUUUUUGUUAUUUUCAGGAGCCGGACCAACAUGACUUCUGCACUCGAGGCUAUUAGGUACAAGCGAGGUCAUCUUUUAAUUAUUGACCAGCUCCUGCUGCCUCAUGUCACUCGUUUUAUUCCCAUCAGGUCCGCAGAAGAUGGGUGGCAUUCGAUUAAGGAAAUGCAUGUGCGAGGGGCACCUGCAAUAGCCAUCGUAGCCAUGCUGUCUCUAGCUGUUGAAAUGUCGGGCUUGGUGUCACAGCAAAAGAUUUCAAAGAAUGCCGAAGACACCAGGGUAUAUAUUGAAGAGAAGCUGGAUUAUCUUGCCACAAGCCGACCAACCGCUGUGAAUUUAAGUGACAGUGUGAGAAAGAUGAAGUCUGUGCUGGAGCAGAAAACUCGAACACUUACUUGCUCCGGGGAAGAAAUAGCAAUGUCUUUCAUAGCGUAUGCAGAAAACAUGCUAGUCCACGAUGUUGCUGACAAUCGCUCAAUUGGCGAACAUGGUGCCAACUGGAUUGUUGCAAACACCCCUUCUGGAGUUGAAGAUUCCAAGCUUUGCAUAUUAACACACUGCAAUACUGGAUCGUUAGCCACUGCGGGUUAUGGUACUGCUCUUGGUAUCAUUCGUCACCUUCAUGAGAAAUCCCAGUUAUGUCAUGCCUAUUGUACAGAAACGCGUCCAUACAACCAAGGGGCACGCUUGACUGCCUACGAGUUGGUUAGUGAUCAAAUUCCCGCCACCCUGAUAACCGAUUCCAUGGCGGGACAGCUUCUUGCAAAGAUGGGGCAAAGUAUCGCCGCGAUUGUGGUCGGUGCCGACCGCGUCGCAAGCAAUGGUGAUACAGCGAACAAAAUCGGAACCUACACACUGGCGGUUCUGGCGAAAUACCAUGGGGUUAAAUUUGUGGUUGCAGCUCCUCGUACAACCAUCGAUAUGGGCACAAGGACUGGGAAAGAUAUUGUAAUUGAGGAACGCCCACAUUCUGAAGUCACAACAAUUACUGGACCACGAGAGCGUGGGGAUGAGUGCGGGAACAUAGUAAUGGAAAACAUAAAGAUUGCAGCGGAUGGAAUCAACGUGUGGAACCCCGCGUUCGAUGUGACUCCGGCUGCCCUGAUCGAUGCUAUCGUAACUGAAAAAGGCGUUGAGGUGAAAGAUGCAAAUGGCCGGUUUCACCUCGGAUCUUUAUUCGAAACUGAGGUUCGACCGUCUAAUUGAGACCCGUUGCGGCAGAAUUCUACCGCAUGACUCUUAGAAUCAGACCGCCCAGUAUAUACAUCGUGGCCCCCUUCUAUCGCUACAAGCAGAGAAUCAAUUUUCGUUUCGAGAUCGGAAAGCCGAUUUUCGAGCGCCAGUGCUGUUUGUUCGCCCCUAGAUAUUUGUAAUUAACUGGUCUGAUAUCAAAUCCCACCAAGCGCGAAACUCUGGCCAGAAAUCAAGACCCAAGUCGUGGAAAGUUGGUAGCAGUCAAGGUCUAUCUUACUCUGCAAGGUAAGCAAAAGCCUAGAACAAUUACAUAGUUAGUUAAUGAAAUGUGGUUUCUAAGAUUAGCUAGUUUCGACCAUGUGAAAUUGCCAUCAUACCUGCAUCAAAUCUUCAUGAAAGGGCUUCUCAUCACCCUUCGCCAUUGUAAUAUCUCUAUUCAGCAUCUAAUGACUAGGGGCUUUGGAAAUGGGAGAGAUCGCACUCUAUGCAGAAUCGAAAAAGGAGGUUUGAGCUUCUCAGAAGUUAAAAGUUCAAUUUUCCAGAGCUAUUUUGACUGGCUGGUGAACAGAUUUAACUAGCAAAGUACUCUAUAAGUAGACUACAUAAACUCUGUACAGAUCAGUCUGACAAAA